GUAAUAUUUCAAGUUGUACCUUUAACGUUAUGUCAAUUAUGUUACAACUUCAUAUAUUAUGGUACACCAAUGCUAUAUAAAAUUAUAAAAUUCUUCUAUAUUAAAUAAAAAAACAUAAAAAUGUCAAUUUAGAAAUUAGUUUAUCUAAAAUUAAAAUGCAAUAUUCUUGAAGUAAUAUGCAGACAGCCAGACACCUCCCGGCCAUUGGCCGGGCUAAAAUGCUAGUACUUGUAUUACCCAAUUUACCCGCCGAGCCAGACAAAGGUAAAAUGGAACAAGCGACGGAACUCGGAAGAUAAAGCUUCGAUCUUUUCAAGCAUACGAAGCCGUUUGGUGAAAUAGCGUAAACGAUGCCGUUCUGUUUGGUAAGUUAGAACAAUAGAAGUAUAGAACUCCAUUUUCCUCUGCCUUGGAAGUUGGAAGAGAGCCGAGUCUGUCCAAAGUACUGAGUCGACGCUGAGAAGCGAGAAAGUUUGGCAAGGCGGAGAGAGAUUGGAUUAAGGUAUGGCCUUCGCCGUCGUUCUUCUGGUUUGAAAUUUUGUUUCUGCUUGCAUCUCAAGAUAAUGUAUGGGGAAACUGAAUAGGGUUAUUCGAGUUUGUAUGUUGAUUAAUCGCGAGGAAGUUUUUGUGCUUGUACCCAAUGAUCUUAGAUCUCGCCUCUGGUUCAAUUAGAUUUUCGAGCGGACAGAGUUCUAUUGAUUCGACGAUUUGUUGGAAUAUGCUGGGAACUUGAAUGUGCGUUGCAAAGUCAUGGAUCUGCUUUGAUAUUUCGGGAUCAUUGAUAUCCGUUUCUCUGCAAUUGAUUUUUUUUUUUUUUCCGGAUGGAAUUUGAAGGCAAGACAUGGCGGCGGGAGCUGGAAGUUCGAUGCUUUACUCGCUUCUUCUGUUCUUGGGCAUUCUUUCACUUCAAGAGAUGUACCGCGGGAAGCUGGCGUCUACCGAGUUGUUCACCAUUCUUGGAGGAUUCACUAGCUCUCUCCUUUUCCUUGUGCUCUUAACUUUCAUUGGUAAUUUCCAGGAAUCAAAUGGCAUGAAGACCGGAUGGGGUGCUGGUGAGUUCUUUUAGUUCUCUUUGUUUUGCUUCUCCUUCUUUCAAAGCAGUAUGUUUAUUGCUCAUGGGGUAUUUUCAUGGUGCCUGGUAGUCAUUAUAGUGAAUCUUCAUUAAGCUUGCCUACAAACACUGCUUAUAGCCUUACUGACUUCCCUUCAGUUAUAAACGUCGAUAAGUUUUCAGCUCCUUUUCCCUUGCAUUAUCAAUAUGUUUUGUCAUUAUUGUACACUACAUCAAAAUAACAUUUAUUCUGAAGCAUCAUCAUUACAAUUUCUGACUAACAGUUUCUCUCUGAACAGUUGUAUUGGCUGAAGUUGUUGCUCUAAUUGCAGCUGGAACUGUACAUCGGGUUUGCAUAACAACUUGGUAAUGUUUUAACACUACUACUCGUUUAAUUCUACUUAUUCUUGUCUGUAGUAACAUAUUUGUUUGGGAAGACAUCGUCUGCAAGCGAGUUCUUAACCCUGUUAUGUACCCAUGUUUUGAUUUGCUUCCCUUGAUUCCAUUGAUAUGAGUGUGACUUUUGGCAUGUCAUUCCUUGAGUUAUGGUUGUGAUACUAUAGAAGAAAGAUCCCCAAUGGCUGCGAGGCCAUUUUAUGCAAUUAAAGCUGCAAGUCAUCUUUGAGUAAAAUGUGGUCUAGGUUUCUACUUCUUGCUUUGGUUCCACAUGCACUACUUGGCAGUAAUUUAAAGGGUAUUUUCUUUGUGAUGGAACAUUAUAUGUGUUCAUAUUCUUUAAGCAUGUAGUUAUGCUAUUACUCAUUAAGUAAUGGAAGGCGCAAUGCUUGUUGGUCUACUGAAUGAACUUACUUUUCGUUGAACUUAGCUGUGCCUUGUUAUGCAGAAAGAACCUUUUUUCGUCUUUGUUUAUCUUUGAAAGAAGUAAUUAUAUUGCACAUAAGUAUUGAUGCUGAUCCUUUUGCUAUCAUCUGCUGGCAGUUUCUUGUUCUCGGGUGGUUUACUAUACGAGGUGAACAAGCUUUCCGGGAUUGCUCAAUCUAAAGUUGAAUCCAAAACAAGGAGACAUUGACAUGAUACUGCUCUUCGCAACUUAGUUAUCAAAUUAUCUGGGAAUGUGAGGUUGCACCAUUUUGAUAUCCUUUCCGAAGCAACAUAGGAGAUGCAUCACGUGGUCAUUUUGUAUGCAGACUCCAACUAUAGGGCAUCAUCUAUAGGGUAACUAGAAAAUGUUGGAAUGAUUCCAGCUUAUUGUUGCUUCCUUGAAUAGAGAACUUGGAUAUGAACCUUUCUGUUUUGAUCCCUGCCCCUAGACUAUGUAGAACUGCCAAUUCUUAUUAAAUAGUAUGAAGCCGAGAAUUUUCAGAACCACCAACCAUAUUUAUGCAGCAAAUCUCUAGAAAGCUAAAAAUCAUGUGGGCAAGUUGCUUCAAGGAUGAAGAAGCAAUGGUGCCUCAAUGAGAUGCUUCAGGGGGAAUAAUAUAUUGGAGUCGUCGCUCGUUGUGUUUCAGUGAGUAACAGUAUUUCAAUAUGAUCCAUGCUGCCCUUUCCAGAUCAGUUUCGGUAGGCUUACAAAUUUUUUAUGUAGCAAAUUGGGUUUGUAGCAGCCUUAUCUUGACAUCUUCCACAGCUGCAUAGUUUUCUAUACUAUUGUCAGCAACUUUAACGCUUUAUUUUUGAGUUCCCUUUCCAAACCUCUUCUUGCGGGCUUGCGGCUGGCUCAUCUCCUAAUAUAACUAUGUUAAGACC